ACCUCCUCGCUCGCCGUAGAAGGGCGGGUCGUUAGCACGGGAGCUAAACAAACUUGUGCGGGAGCAUCACAACAGUGACAGUUAGCCUCCGUUUCGUUUAACUGCAAUUAAUUUAAUCUCGUGAACUAUUAUUUUGUAUACUUUCAAGAGUAAAUCCAUGUUGUCGUAUUUGAAUAUACCCUCAAGCUAACUUUCACCCACAGCCGCUCCCUUUUCGUGGCAUAAAUGCUAAUUUUUAGCUAGCUAAGUGGUUCAUAAUUUCUAACAACGCACGCUAACGUUAGCCUCGGUAGCAGAGACACUCCUUGCGGGUAAAAGUGUGUCAGAAUGACUUUAAUGGAGACAGAGAGUGGGUGCUCCGGUGUUGAGGGAGACGAGCUGGACGCUGUCGUGUCAGCUUGUGUGUUGGGGGGCUUCAGUGAGGCAUCCGAGGCCCGAGCGCUCCUCUCCAGCCUGCCGGAGGUCCACGGAGACAUGAUGGCGAACGAGUCCACCACAGAGAGGUUCCUGGUGAUAAUGAACAGAUACCAAGAGCAGCCUCACCUGCUGGACCCACACUUAGAGUGGAUGUUGAACAUUAUUCUGGACAUUGUAAGGAGUGAGAAGUCUCCACCUUCACUGGUUCAUUUGAGCUUCAAGUUCCUCUACAUCAUGUGUAAGGUCAGAGGUUAUAAAAUCUUCAUGCAGCUUUUCCCCCAUGAGGUGGCAGAUGUCCAGCCAGUUCUGGACCUGCUGGUGAGGCAGGAUCCCAAAGACUCCGAGACGUGGGAAACUCGCUACAUGCUGUUGUUGUGGCUGUCCAUGACCUGCCUCAUACCCUUCGACCUUCACCGUCUGGAUGGAUAUUUGGAGUCAGACAGCGGCCAGGCCAGAGAGCCCAUCAUGGACCGCAUUCUAGCCAUUGCAAAGUCUUACCUUCUCGUCAGUGAUUGUUCCAGGGAUGCUGCAUCUGUACUCAUAUCAAAGUUCAUGACACGCCCCGACGUGAAGCAGAAGCGCCUCGGAGACUUCCUGGACUGGAACCUCACCACCAUAUCUCAGACCAAUGACCAGUCAAUGAGAGACAUUAUGGUGCUGGACGGUGCUCUGCAGUCUCUGGCGAAGCUUUACAAACACGGAAAACGAGAUGACCUCCUGCAGUAUGCUCCUACAAUUCUGCAGUGUCUGGAGCAGAAACAGUUGUCAGAGAGCAGCCAGGCCAUGCUGAGGAAACUCUGUGUCAAACUCAUCCAGAGGCUUGGCCUCACCUUCCUGAAGCCACGUCUGGCUGCUUGGAGGUAUCAGAGAGGCUGCCGCUCCCUGGCAGCGAACCUCUCCAUGCCACAGUCUGCUAUAGUCGCUGCUGCUGCGACUCCUGAGGUGCAGGUACAAAAACAGGAGGAGGACUACGACAUUCCCGAGGAGGUGGAGACUGUUAUCGAGCAACUGCUGGUGGGACUGAAAGAUAAAGAAACGAUUGUGCGCUGGUCUGCAGCAAAAGGCAUUGGGAGAGUGACUGGGAGGCUUCCCAAGGAGCUGGCAGAUGAGGUGGUCGGAUCAGUGCUGGAUUGCUUCAGCUUCCAGGAAACAGACAAUGCUUGGCAUGGUGGCUGCCUCGCUCUGGCUGAACUUGGCAGGAGAGGCCUGCUGCUGCCUUCCAGAUUAACGGAUGUUGUGCCCCUCAUCAUUAAAUCCCUGACCUACGAGGAGAAGAGGGGAGCCUGCAGCGUUGGUUCCAACGUUCGUGACGCUGCCUGCUACGUGUGCUGGUCUUUUGCACGAGCUUAUGAACCCAAAGAGCUCAAGCCUUUUGUCACUGACAUUGCCAGCGCUCUGCUGAUCACAACCGUGUUCGACAGAGAUGUCAACUGUCGCAGAGCCUCCUCUGCUGCCUUCCAGGAGAAUGUCGGCAGACAGGGGACAUUUCCUCAUGGUAUUGACAUCUUAACUGCAGCAGACUACUUUGCUGUUGGGAAUCUCACCAACUGCUACCUGAAUAUCAGUGUCUACAUCGCUGGUUUCCCAGAGUACACCAAGGCCAUGAUCGAUCACCUGGUAGCCAUGAAGAUAAACCACUGGGACGGCGCGGUCCGAGAGCUCACCACUAAAGCGCUCCACAACCUGACACCUCAAGCACCUGAUUAUAUGGCGGCAACAGUUCUGCCAAAGAUGUUGCUCAUGGCGGUGGGUCCCGACCUCCACAGCCGUCAUGGUGCCAUUCUGGCAUGUGCAGAAAUCACACACGCUCUGCACAAACUGGGCCUGCAGACCAACAGGACUGUGGUGGAAAUCAUUUCUUCAGAGUCUGUGGAUGCAUUAAAAAACAUCCACCAGACGAUUCAUGACAGAAAACAGUACAGGGGUUUUGGUGGAGAGCUGAUGAGACCUGCAAUGUGCAGCCUUAUUGAGAAGCUGUCCCUGUCCAAAAUGCCUUUUAAGGGCGACCCUCUGAUCACUGGCUGGCAGGAUCUUAUUGAUGACACCAUAAAGACUCUUCAUCUCUUCUCCAGUGGUUUGAAGGAUAGCAUCAUAGCUGCAGUGGUGUCAGCCUUGUCCGCCCUGUGUGAGGAGUACUACCAGGCCGACUCAGACACGCAGGAGGCCCUGGUGUCUCAGUACAUCGACGGUCUGAAGAGUCCUCAGAUGCUGACGCGUUGUGGAUCCGCCCUCGCCCUCGGCUCUCUGCAUGCGUUCAUGAUUCACGGCAAAGUGAUGCAGAUCCUUGAAGGCCUCCAGCAGAUGUGCGCCCUGAGUCAGAAGGACGGGACUUUCACAGAAGCGAGAAGAGACGCAGUCAGAGCUGUUGCUCAAGUGUGUGUGAAGGCGGGUGUUUGCGCUCAGGGCUCCCCAGACUCCAGUCUGUGCUCGGAGAACGUAGCGGAGGUGUACGGCGUUCUGCUCGACAGCAUGAAUGACUACACGACGGACAGCAGAGGGGACGUUGGCGCCUGGGUGCGAGAGGCGGCGAUGUCCAGUCUGAUGGAGGUGACUCUGCAGGUGGCCGGCGGUGCUCCAGAGAUCCUUUCAGCAGACCUGGUGAAGUGUACGAUGUGCUGCUUGGCCCAGCAGGCAGCGGAGAAGAUCGACCGCUCCAGAGCUCACGCUGGCAGCAUCUUCCUGCGUCUGCUCCACAGCACCGAGCCUGCAGUACCUCACAUCCCCCACAGAGAGGAGCUGUUGAACAUCUUCCCUCCGGAGACCACAACCAGUCUGAACUGGAACGCCCCAUCUCAAGCUUUCCGGUACAUCACGAAGCUGCUGGGACUGCCUGAGUAUCAGCGCCACACCCUGCUGGGCAUCACCGUGUCUGUGGGUGGGAUCACACAGUCCACGGUUGAGUUUUCGUCCCAGUGGUUGUUUGACUACCUGAGGGGGAUCCAGGGCGACGGCGCUGCUAUGACACAGUUUGGAGACACGCUGCUGAUCAUCUUCAGAGACAACCUCCGCAACGACAGGGUGUCUAUCCCUUUCCUUAAGAUGCUCAAUCAGAUGCUCGCGAAUGGCUGCUUUGAAAUCUUCACCACACAAGAGGAUCAUCCGUUCUGUGUGGAGCUUUUGAAUCUCUGCAAAGAGUUCAAGAAGACCAAAUGUAUUUCUAAGCUGCGUGCCUGCACGGCUGUGUUCUGCGGGCUGGUCCAGUUUCAGGGGGAGGUGAGGAAGAAAGUUUUGUCCCAGCUGCUGAUGCUGCUCUGCCACCACUUCCCUGUGGUGAGGAAGACGACGGCCAGCCAGAUGUACGAGAUGAUUCUGACCUACGAUGACGUCGCAGACGCAGAAGUGUUGGAUGAUGUCAUGACCGUGCUGAGUGAUACUAACUGGGAGAGCGACCUCGCCGCCGUGCGGACUCACAGGAACCAGCUUUGUGAUUGGAUGGGAGUCGCCAGGCCGAAGGUCAUUGACAAGAAGCCUGGCUCGGCUUCCUGAUGAAAACCAGCUGUGCACAUCAGACUGUAAGAAGUAAGACUGGACUCUACUGAAACUGCUCUGUGUGUCUCCCAAAACACAACACACUGAAAGAAUCACAAUCUGACAGUUUUACGUGAUAAUAAAUGGAUAAAAAUAGGUUAUUUCCACUGUUCUGUUAUUAUUACUACAAUGUUAAACCCAAAACAACAAAGAUUUCCUUUCAGUUUCCUGACACAGACGUCACACAGCAGCACAACAAUGGCAACACCAGUGGAGAAGGGGUUAGGAUGUAAUUGUAGACUACAGUGUUUGUAUUUGGCUCAUGAAUGAAUGUUGGGAUGUUUUUCAGUGACAAAAGUACCGUAAAAUAAAAGGAGGUGAAGUUAUUUGUUAACUUUUGGUGUUGUGAUGUUAAAAAAUCUGAAGUCUUAUCAUCUCAGUUUCAGCCCUUUAAAAGAAAUCUUCAAAUCUCUCAUCAAAUCCUCUAGAAGUUAACUAACAAGUUAAAAAUAGUUUCCCUUAAUGUUACUUUUAAGUGCACGUACACCAACAUCUGGCUCAUGGCUCAUUUUAAACCCUGCUGCACUUUUUGCAAGAUUACGCUCAGAUUAG